UGCACUGGGAGCGGCUCUCCUGCCACGGCCCCUCAGCCCCCAAAAAUGUCUGCCUGUGCCAAGUUCGUCUCCACCCGCUUCUUGGUCAGGAGCACCUCUCAGCUGUUGAGCCCAUCACUGUCUAGCGCACCGGAGACACCGGCAGAUGAGAGCCUCAGCAGCCUGGCAGCCCCACGUCCCCGGACCUCACUUAUUCCUAGCCGCAGCUUCCAAACCAGCGCCAUUUCAAGGGACAUCGACACAGCAGUCAAGUUCAUUGGGGCUGGGGCUGCCAUGGUAGGGCUGGCUGGCUCUGGGGCUGGAAUUGGGACUGUGUUUGGGAGCCUCAUCAUUGGCUAUGCCAGGACUCCCUCUCUGAAGCAACAGCUCUUCUCCUACACCAUUCUGGGCUUUGCCCUCUUGGAGGCCAUGGGGCUCUUUUGCCUGAUGGUGGCCUUUCUCAUCCUCUUGGUCAGGUGA